AUGUCUGUCCUCAAGGCUGUGGUACUGGGCUGCCUAGCCCUGCCCUUCGUCCAUGCCGCCCCUCGACCUUUUCAAGCUGGGCCUCGAGCAGUGGUCCCCGGCUUGUCGAGCACGGCUAGCAAUGGAACCUGUCCUGCUCCAGUUACCGAGUUCACCACGGCUCAAGUCCCAUCCCCUUUUAAGCCUUUCAACCAGGACGAGUUAGACGCCCUUGUGGCAUGGCUCCACGCGCCCGAGCGUAACUUGAACCUGACGAAGGCCGAAGACCCCAACCUGGCCAUGUCAGACAACUACAUCUACCACAUCGAGGAGCUCAAACCCAACAAGACUGACGUGCUUGCAUAUCUCGACAAUGGCAUCCCGAUGCCCCGAUAUGCCCGCAUCACAAUGCAUGAGGGUGCCAAGCAGGUCCCGGUCGUGACCGACUACUUUAUCGGCCCUCUGCCGAUUUGCGACGAGACCGCAAUCCAGCCACUCGAUUACUUUUAUAAUGGAGUCAACGGACCCAGGAUUCUGUUCAACGGCGCCAUCAGCGCUGGGCCACGCGCAGCUGCCAUCGAGGCGUUCAUUACCAGAGAGAUGACCGCCCUUGCCGACAUUACCCAGGAUGUGCUGGGCAUGGCGUACUUCGGUGAAGAAGACGAACGCUCCACCUUGUCAUAUUUCGUCACGAACCCGUUCUCCAAGGAUGGAACGCAAGCGUUAGCCUGGAGCUCGUGGCGGCGCGCCGGCCUUGCACCCUAUUCUCAGCCAACCGAUCUCAACAUCCGCUGGGACAUUGGUGGCACCGACCCCUCGCUGUACAAGCUCAACAUGGUAGUGUACAACAACAAGGUCUACCACUCGGCCGAGGAGCUGCGCACUGCAUGGAAGAAUGGCCAGAUUGAGAAGCGCCCCUUUCUGUCAGCAGAUAACAGCUACAUCUACAAGGACAGGAAGGGCCCAGUCCGCGCACUCGAGAAUCGCAUGGCGCCCACGACUGUUGAACCAGAUGGGAAACGGUACAAGGUCGACGCGAAGAACAAGUACAUCGAGUAUCUGGGCUGGAAGUUCUACACGCGCUUCGACAGUGACAUUGGCCUUCAGUUCUAUGAUGUCAAGUUCAAGAACGAGCGGAUUCUUUACGAGUUGUCUAUGCAAGAUGCCAUUGCACAGUAUGCCGGUAACAACCCCUUCCAGGCCAGCACGGCGUACAUGGAUCGACAUUAUGGUAUUGGAGGGCUCCUCAAUCGGCUGGUGCCUGGAUAUGACUGCCCCUACCAUGCAACGUACCUGAAUGCCGAUUUCAGCUACUUGCUGAAGGCUGUGACGACCAACAACUCGAUCUGCAUUUUCGAGGCCGACAUUGGCACGCCCAUAACCCGACACUUUGAGCCUUCGGUGCCAGGAAGUGCCAAGGGGUAUCUGCAAUCCACCAAGGGCUCGAAACUUGUGGUACGACAGAUUGCAACCGUUGGAAAUUACGACUAUCUCUGGGACUAUGCGUUCUAUGUGGAUGGCACCAUCACGAUCGAUGCGCACGCUUCGGGCUACGUGCAAGCCACUUACUAUCGCCCCGAGGACGGAGGGCAGUGGGGUCCUCGUCUACAGGAGUCUAUUCAGGGCACCCUACACACGCACGUCAUGAACUUCAAAGCCGACUUUGAUCUGAUUGACACUGCAAACACGUUCGUUAAGACAGACAUUGUGGUUGAGAAUGUGACCAAAGAGUGGGCGCCAGAGCUCGGCGAGUUUGAGAUGAUGCGAUACAACUUCACGACGAUUGAAACAGAAGCACAGGGCCUGUUGCCAGGCAUUAGCAACGGCCAGACCAUGUACACAGUCGAGAACACGGCAAAGCUCAACAAGUGGGGUGUCCCCCGCGGCUAUCGCAUAGUACCAGGGCUGAGCAACGUUGGCCUCACGUCCCAGACGAACCCAUUCUUCCUCAAGUCGGGCCAGUUUGCCAAGCAGCCAUUUGCCGUAAGCAGACAGCACGACACUGAACCUGCUGCGUCGGCUGCCAUGAACCAGAACGUCCCCCAUGCACCCCUAGUCGAGUUCUGGAAGUUCUUCGAGGACGGGGAAGAUCUCGUCCAGCAAGACAUUGUUGCAUGGGUCAACCUGGGCAUGCAGCACUACACUCGGUCCGAGGAUAUGCCCAACACUCUCAUGUCCGAGGCACACUCGAGCAUCAUGUUUGCGCCCCAGAACUGGGGCGAGGCAGAGUUGACGGUGGAUCUCCAGAACGCCAUCAUCUAUAAUGGCAACGACGGUGAAGGACCCCUGCAGCCCGAGACGAACGGUGUUUCUCCGCCCGUGUGUUUCCCUCUGGGUAACCAGGACGGGCUGCUGGGCGUGUGGGAAGGUGUGGCCGCCUGA